AUGGCUACAGUUGAUGGGCUCUGGAAUACUGCUACUACCUGGAGCACCAUUUACAAUCCCUGUACCGUCACUCUGACGUCGACUACCACCAAGACCUUGACACCAGCUGCGAGCACAUCUACGACGACGAUCACCAGCACCGCGACCACAACGUUAUCGACCUCAUUCUCCGUAAUAACCCAGACCUCAACGACAACCACUACCAGCGACACCACCACGAUAACGUCGGCUACAACUACGACGACCACAACCGUCACUUCUUCGUCCUCCACGUCAACGGUAGCGGCGCCUGCGACCUUCACUCCCAUCCAGACUUCCCUUCCAGGCUCCACCUACAGCGGAUCAGGCGGCAGUGACCCUGUCAGCAAGCGAGAAGCCAAACCCGGACCUGGGCCUAGACCUGGACGCCAGAAUCAACCAGGUUCACAGGGGGGCUUUUCCCAGUGGCGUCAUCCCCAAGGCGUCACUUGUCAAAUAUGGGUUCCAGGCACGUGUUCGACGACGGUUACGACGGUUACGUCGACUGUCACCGGCACCGCAACGACUGUAACCUCGACCUCGACCACUACCACCACCAUCACAUCGGCUCCGGUUGGCGUCACCACAACCACGACAACGGUCACGGCUACGUCGGUUAGCACAAUCACGGACACCUCCACCAGCACAUCGACAAGCACAACCACAACGUACCUUUCAACCACGACAGUCUAUGCCGCCUGUGCGACAAACAACUUCGCCGAUGAAUACCAGGGCGAGCCUUUAGUCGAAUACACAGGAGGUUACUCCACCGUCUCUGAUGUUACAGUGGAUACCGCCUACGACUGCUGCGUUGCCGCCAUCACGCUGGGAAAUUCAGCGAUCUGGGCUUUCAUAAUCGGCCCUGGUGCUGGAACUUGUGAGGUGGGCCAAACCGACGACAGUUGUCCUGAGCCAUCCACCAACCCAUCUACGGGGUAUUAUGAGACUACGGGUGCGCCUACGGUAGUUGGGGGUAACUCUUACUGUGGCGAGGUCAACGCCGCUGUCCCGGUAUUCUCAAGCUCGAGUUCUUCUUGA